GUCAAUAAAAGGUUUACAAAAGUUUUUAAGUAAAUUUUAUUUUAAGUUUAGCUCGCAAAUGAUCUCAAAAAAAUUAAUAAUUUAGUAAAAGAUGUGAUUUAAAAUGCUGCCAUGGCUGAGAGAGAAACUUGCUCUAAGGAAACAGCGCUGGUUACGUUCAAGAAACGAAGAAAUAAAGCCUCGGGACGAGUCGCAAGAUGAUACAAAAAGCAAUAACGAUUCAACAUCCAAUGAAUUAAUGUAUUUAAGGAUAAUAACUCCACGCUUUGGCAAAGUCUUUAUUAUUCAUGUAUCUUAUUUCGAUUCUGGUUUACAAGUUAAGGAGAAGGCAUUGAAGAAAUUAGAAUCAACACAAUUGAGUCCAUCGAGGUCCUUUCCCAAUGAUAUUCAUUCGUUUCGUCUAGUCAGAUCAAGUACAAAUCAGCCUUUUAAGGACUAUGAUUCAAUAUUAACAAGCAAUGUGCAUAAUAUGGAAGAAUUUAUAUUUUCGAUAAAGAGGACAGAUGGAAAUUUUAAUCGAUUAAUUACAGUCCAAACAUGUCAUGGCCCAAGCGAAAAAGAAAUUCUAAAUCGAACAAAGCACUUACCAUUAAUUAGAUCAUCAAUAUCGACAUCGUUAAAUACGUCAUUAGAUUCAGCAUUCCUACAAGGUGACUUGCAGCAUGAUCUCAGAAAGAUUCUCAGUGAAAUUGCAAAAUAUUCAGCAUACAUUAUUGGCUCAUUACCGUAUGCUGAAAAAUUAAUUAAAUAUUAUCGUCAGAAAAUCCUAUUUAGUCUUCAUAAUCAUCAUGACAUUGUUAAACUUUUAAUAGAUAUGGGCUUUAGUCAUAACGAUGUCAAACGUGCAUUAAAAAUUCAAGGAAACAAUUAUGCAUCGGCACUCGAUUGGCUCGUUGAAAAUAUUACGAAGGAUGAAGGACAAUCAAAUCAAAUAGAAGCUCCAUGUGAGACAACGUCGUCAAAUGACACAAAUGAAGAUAUUAAUGAAAAUGUUUAUAAGAAAUUUUAUAGUAGCACAUUCCCUUCUACAAGUUCCAUCUUUUAUCCUAAGCACAAAGCAGUUACCAUUAAAGAUCGAGUUGAAGGACUUUUAGAAAUCGUUCGAUAUUAUAGUGAAAAGAAUGAGGAGCCAUCCACAAAAGCUGAUACAAUGAAUAGUCUGAUAAACAUGGGAUUCGAAAUGGAAGAAGUCCAACAAGCAUUCGAUCUGAGCAAUAAUCAGUCAACGGCAGCAUGUGAAUGGCUUUUAGAACAUAGUUCAAAUCCACAAAAUUUAAAUGCGCUUCGUGAGUCAAUAUUUGUAGAAUCACAUAUCCUUAAGAUUCUCCUCAGCACACCCCAAAUACAAUUUAGUCUAAGUUCCCCAAAAUUCUUCAUAGCAUAUUGUUCGCUUCUUGAAAAUUAUUCAUCGUUGAAUAUAUUCUUUAAUGAUUUAGAAAGCCAGAGUUUACUCCAGUUUAUCCUAAGAACCUAUCACGAAGAAAAGAUUUAUUUUCACACAUUCGAUAAGCUCUCGGUAAUACCAUUAUCAUCAUCAUCAUCCACGUCAUAAUAGAGCAUAAAUAUAACAUAAUUAUAAAUUAUUUUUGUAGACGAUAAAAAAACAACCAAACAACAAAGAAUGCUUUUAAGAUAAAAUCACAUGUUCGCUUAUUAGACUUAAGA